AACAGUUAAAUAAGAAGCAACUAUUGGAAGAAAAUAUAUACUACAAAUUGAUAAUAAAUUUAAAUUACAUUUUAACAUUUUGUUCGACAAUCGUACGAGUCAGAAUAACGGCAACCAGCAAAACAUUCAAGUUUAAAUCAAGUUAUCUCUUAACCUUCAAAAUUGUCAAAUCACAAAAAUCGCGGGAACCGCUAGUUACUUUGUAGGAGUAAUUUGAGUUUUUCAAUAUUACAGUUAACUACAAAGGUUUGUUAUUUUGUGUGCGAGCGUCUUUUACAAUGGCGUCUCCUAGUAAGAGGCGCAAAUUAAACAUUUCCAUGAAUGUUGGAAGUCCAAUAGCAACGAGUACGCCCCAAAAUCCAGGAAGUUCCACACCCGAAGCACCUGAAUCGGUUAUAAGCAGUUUUUCAAACUUUACCAUUGAUGGAGAUGAUGAAGAGGAAUGUGCUAACUAUAAAGAGUUUUUACGUAAAUGUCGUAAGAUUCAACGUAAAGGGUUCACCUGGAAGUUGUACGAGCCCUCAAGUGAUGAUGAAGGAUCCCUCUAUUACCAACUUGCCUAUGAGCCGAUAAUAUUUUCAGAUCUAGCAUGUAAUUUUGUACAGUUUUGCAAAAUGGAUAGAACUGCAUUUGGAAUUUUCGCCCUAUUCAGAUUUUACUUCGAUUGUUCAGGAUUUCAGGGAUUUGACCUGGAAAAACAUUUCAAAUUUAAACUUCCGCUCGAAAUGGAUUAUUUGUGUCAAAUCCUCAAAAAUGAGAAGCUCGUGAAUUCUUUUCUUAAAAGCACGAAAUUUCUGUUUAUUGAUAAGUCACUAUUGGCGCAAGUUCUUCGAUACAGCAUCGUACAAUUUCUAGACAAAUUCGUGCUUGAAGCUCAUAAAGAGGGGAUUUUAGAUGGGGAUGUGUUUCGCUCAUUUUUAUCACUUUUAAAACAUAUUUGUGAAAAUUCCACCUACAAAUCGUUGCUAGUUACAGCAUAUAUAUUUGCUGCAAAAAUUCUUACAAUCCUUUGUAAAAUAAAUGUAGAACUUUUGAAAAUGGGAGUGAAUCUUCAAAAUAGGCAACUAAUUAAUAAAUACAUUAGGUUAUUAUAUUUCACCUGUAGAAAAAUUUGUGGUUUCGGAGCAACUUUGUCCACUUCGACGACAGCAUUGACUAGAGAAUUGUGGAUCUGGGUUCAAUUGUGUCCACAAGUAUUUGUCGGUGAUUUCGAAUGCGCUCGUGUAUUACAUCAUUUGAUUACGAAUCAAAUCGCAAUAGUUCGAUUAGAGGCAAUAAAGGUAUGCUUGAAAAUGAUUGAAAAUGAAAAAAUCAGGUCUUAUUUGAAGAGUGAUGCAAUGCAAAAGUUAACCCUUAUAGUUGUGGAUCGUCUUCAGGAUAUUAAUGACGAGAUUCGAUUCAAAGCUUUGGAUAUGUUAGCCCUUAUUUCUAGAGAAGCGCCCAAAUUUCUUCAAACUAAGACUGUGUUGGAUAAUCUAGUAGAAUAUAUGCACAGUAAAGAUUUUACAGUUGCGUCCGGAGCUGCUAAAUGUGUAAUAUUCUCCUAUAAAAAUGACUCGAAUGAAGUUUUAUUAAUGCAGCUAAGCGAAGUAUCUCAAACUUUUAAUCCCAAAUUAGCGUCGGCGUUAGUUGAGUCUUGUAUCAGUCAUACCAAUGCUUUACAAAAUUGGAGUCUAAUCGUGCAGAUCCUAUUGAGCAGUGAAAAGGCAAACAACCAAAUUCUUUAUGGUUUAAGUGAUCUGCUUUAUGAAGCAGUUUAUAUAACGCUUAGAGGAAAGCCCACUAAAGUACGACCAUUAUCCAAUCAAGAUAUGUUAGGGAAACCUAGCGAGAAUGCAUCAAUUGCAGAUGCAUUAUAUCCAAAUCUGAAAGCACUAGUAGCAUUACAUGCCACAAAUGAGUACAUUGUAGCAAACAUUUUCAAAGUUCUGGCUGAAAUUGACCAUACAUAUUUAUCACAACAACACUAUGAGAUACUCUAUGGGUUUGUUGCACACGCUCCCAUACUUUUCAACCGAUGGCAUAAUACGCAAGUAUUGCGUGCUCUGCUAAGCUAUCUGAACUACAUAAAUAAAUGUUUUCCAAAUUGCUCUAAUUGCAUAAACGCUAUUACCGUUCUAAAAACUGAAUAUCCGAAACGUUUUAUGGAUUCCCUUAAUAAGCAAAGUGGAGAAAUGUUACUUAUUGUAAGGAAAACCGCUCUACUUUUCGAAGCAUUCGAUCUUAAUGAGCAUAUUGCAUGGGAAACAUUGAUCUCAGCUCCGAAUAUUGACAAUGUUGAUUCUAAGUUCGUAGAAGAAAUUUGGACAAUUUGUCAUUGGAGUCUUAUGUGGAGGGCGAAGGUUUUGACGGCUGCCCAGCUACCUGUUGUUUGGCAAAUGGCUAUGGAAUUGUUCUCCGAUUGUAUUAACAGUUUGAAAUUGGUUAAUCUAGGUUUACAACAUAAAGCUUUUGAGAUAAUUUGCGAGACGAGUGUAGGUAUGUUUACCGAUAUUAGAUCCCUCAGUAGAAGAACAUAUUUUAAAACGGACAUGCCAUCAUUAAAAACUUCACCAGUGAUUGCUGAAUUAAUGACAUUUUUUCAUCUCAAUGUGGAACCCAGUAGUUCCGAUAAUGUUAACCACUUCAGAAAGUAUAUAUUUCUUCUUUAUAAUAUGUGUAGUUUAGAGAUAAUACCUAUGGAAUGUCUAUCCAGCAUUUUCCAAUAUUUCGACAAAUAUUAUGUGUCCUAUGGAGAACUCAUUGAAGUACUGUUGAUAAAAACAUCAGAACGGAGUAAAAAUUGGCUGUCUCAGCUCGUACUUUAUUCCAUACUCCUUUUAUUUGGUAAGGCGCAUAACACUUACGAAUUAGCCAUUAAGCCUAAAAAGUCUACAGAUGAAAUCUCGAAUCUAGUGAGACGGUUUUACAGCGUAAAGCAGAUUUGGUGUCCGGAAACUACUGGAAAAUUGCUAUUGUCUGCUGUGUACUAUGCAUCAACGACGGGAUUAUACGAUCUCUUAAAAUUCGUUACAAUUUUCAUUUCUCAGCUUUUACCUCCUGAAGAAUGUAACAAAAUUUUGAAAACUUUAAAAACAAAAGUUCCAGUGAAGGAUCAUAAUUUGCCUUCCAUUUCGGACUUUGUUAAAGUUCUUGAUAAAAGAAUUACGCUGGAUUCAGCAGGGCAGCAGGAGAAAGCUAGUGAUGGAAAAACACAAGCACCAUGAGAGACGUUGUCAGUAUCUAGAGCUCCUUCUGAAAAUUCAGUCUGACAUCAUCAAUCGUCAGUUCAGAUGUUGCAGCCGAAAGCAUUUUAGACUAGCUGCUCCCUUAUUAGUUAAGUUGAGUCGCUGCUGCUUAACGAUAAGUAUGCGUGUGAUUCCAUUAGGAUAAAAUUUGUUUUGUUGUUAGUUUUGCCAAUAAUAAUUAAAUGUUAGUGGAAAAAUGAAAAAUGCUACUAAAACACAGAUCCUUUUGUAUAAAACUGGAUAUAAUUUAUGAAUCAACUAUGUGUACAAUUUUAAACAAUACACAUAAAUCUUACAGUCUGGCUUAUAAACAAAAUGUACAAAUUAAAUAACAUUUUACAAUAA